GUUAAAGCAAGAAGGCUCAGGGGAGGGAGGGGAAGGGAAAUGGCGGAGCCAGGCCAACUCGAUCAAGCGUCUCCGGCGUGCAAGGUGGAUGCUGAUGUAUUAUUGAAUGAGCCGAGGUCGUUCAGGAUGGAUCGGAGGUCGCCGGAGGCGGCCGCGCUCAGAGACGCCGUCUCCCGCAAGCACCUAGACUUCCUUGGCGCUUACUCCGACGACGUCCUCACGGUUGAAACUAAAGAUGGUUAUCUUUUGUCCAUUCAACAUGUUCAUCAUGGGGAAAAAAACUUUCUGAGAAAGAUAGCGGUUUUGAUGUUUGUGUUGGUAUGUACGUAACACAAGAUGGAGCCAUGACCAUACUAGUUUAUUUGUUCAUGAGAAGUCCACUAUUUUUCUAGGCAUUUUGGGAUUGGAGUUGGCAAGAAUCGACACAGAACAACUAGCAAGCUAUGGCAAGUUAUAGGUUUUCUAAACUAGUAAUCUUUUAUUGGUGUUUGUAGUUAUCAGAUUUAGAAUCUUAUUUAUGGUUUUAUAUUUUUCAUGUCAUGUGCUGAAACCAAAGAGGAGUUGAAAUGAAUUUGCGAAAACUUAAGAGGUUACACCAACAAGACUUUAUAUCAAUAUGUUAGGUAUAUAAUUAUGAUUUCUAAUUUGUAAUAUAUUUAUUUAUUUAUUUGAACAAGAGUCCUCAAGUGUAUUA